AUCAAUAUUCCCGGUGGACUGAACAAUGUUUCUUUAGUGUUGACUAGCUUCACAAAUCAGUCGCAAGUGUGGAGCUUCAACCCCUGCAACUACGCCUUUAUUGAGGAGGAAGGCCUGUUCAAUUUCAACUCUUCUAGUUUUGAACAACUGAAUUACACACAACAGCUUCCAAUGGUUCUAAAUUGGGCCAUUGGGAAUGAAUCAGACUUCUGUGAUCAAGCUCAGAACAGGAAGGAUUUCGCAUGCAAGGCUAAUAGCAAGUGCGUCAAUCGUGCUAUCAAUGGGUCUGCAGAUAUUGAUGACUGCAAAGCCUCAAACCCCUGCCUGAACGGAGAGUGCGUAAAUCUUCCAUUUCCACAAAAUUAUACUUGCUCAUGUCACAAAGGAUACAAAAAGGACAGGACAAAUGACCACAGUUGCAUCAAGGACGACUCCUCAAAGAUCGUUCUCCUGCUUACUGUUUCAUUGGGUGUAAGUAUGGGCUUGUUGGUUUUUUUCCUUGGGAUUUCGUGGAUAUGUUGGGGAAUGAAGAAAAGAGAGUUCAUUAAGCUGAAGGAAAAGCACUUCAAAGAGAAUGGUGGCUUAUUGUUACUGCAACAACUCGCCACUGAUCAUGGAAGCUCGAUGAAGACAACAAAAAUCUUUACCGCUGAUGAACUUGAGAAGGCAACAAACAACUACCAUGAGAGUAGAAUCCUUGGAGAAGGAGGUAAUGGAACAGUUUAA